AUGGCCAAGACCCCAAUGGGAAAUAUGGGUUGCAUUCUAACAAGCUAUAUGCUAUUCAGCACAUUGUUGUUCUUUGCAAAUGCACAGUUUGCUAAGAAGACUUACCUCAUUCAAAUGGAUAAAUCAGCAAUGCCAAAAACCUUCUCCAAUCACCUUGAAUGGUAUUCAUCAAAGGUGAAGUCAGCACUGUCCAAGUCUCUAGAAGCUGAUAUGGACAAUGAAGAGAGAAUAAUCUACAAUUACCAAAAUGCUUUUCAUGGAUUUGCAGCCAAGAUGACGGAAGAAGAAGCUGAGAAGCUAGAGGCUGAAGAAGGUGUUGUAGCUAUAUUCCCGGAAACAAAGUAUGAACUACACACCACAAGAAGUCCAACUUUUCUUGGGCUUGAACCAGCACAAAGCACUAACAUUUGGUCAGAAAAUAUAGCUGGCCAUGAUGUCAUUGUGGGAGUGUUGGACACUGGGAUUUGGCCAGAGAGUGAAAGCUUCAAUGAUGUAGGAAUGAGACCAGUACCUACUCAUUGGAAAGGUGCCUGUGAGGUUGGAACAGGCUUCAGAAAAAGUCACUGCAAUAAAAAGAUUGUGGGGGCAAGAGUGUUCUACCAUGGAUAUGAAGCAGCACUGGGUAAAAUCAACGAGCAAAAAGAAUAUAAAUCACCAAGGGAUCAAGAUGGUCAUGGCACUCACACUGCAGCCACAGUUGCUGGCUCUCCAGUGCUUGGUGCUAACCUUAUGGGCUAUGCUAAUGGCACAGCAAGAGGAAUGGCACCGGGAGCAAGGAUUGCAGCUUACAAAGUAUGUUGGGUUGGAGGGUGUUUCAGUUCAGAUAUUGUGUCAGCUAUUGAUAAAGCUAUAGCUGAUGGAGUGAAUGUUUUGUCCAUUUCUUUAGGUGGUGGAGUCUCCUCUUACUACCGUGAUAGUUUAUCUGUAGCUGCAUUUGGAGCAGUGGAGAGGGGUGUUUUUGUUUCAUGUUCAGCUGGAAAUGCUGGACCUGACCCUGUUAGCCUCACCAAUGUGUCACCUUGGAUCACCACAGUUGGAGCUAGCACAAUGGAUAGAGAUUUUCCUACAGAUGUUAAGCAAGGGAAUGGUAAAACUAUGACAGGAGUUUCACUCUAUAAAGGGAAAAGUACGCUAUCAGUUAACAAACAAUACCCUUUGGUAUACUUGGGUAGUAAAUCUAGCAGAAUUGAUCCAAGAUCUAUGUGCUUGGAAGGGACUUUGGAUCCUAAAGUGGUUUCAGGAAAGAUAGUAAUUUGUGAUAGAGGACUUAGUCCUAGAGUGCAAAAGGGUCAUGUGGUGCAAAGUGCAGGAGGGGUGGGAAUGAUUCUUACAAAUACUGAAGCAAAUGGAGAAGAACUUGUUGCUGAUUGUCAUCUCCUUCCAGCUGUUGCAAUAGGAGAGAAUGAAGGAAAGGAGCUCAAAAAUUAUGUCUUAACAAGCAAAAAUGCCACUGCAACUCUAUCUUUUAUGGGCACAAGGUUGGGAAUUAAACCAUCUCCUGUAGUAGCAGCAUUUUCAUCAAGAGGGCCUAAUUUUCUCACACUUGAAAUUCUGAAGCCUGAUUUAGUGGCUCCUGGAGUGAACAUUCUUGCUGCUUGGAGUGAGGCCGUUGGUCCAUCAGGUUUGAAAGUAGACAACAGGAGAGUGAAGUUCAAUAUUCUCUCUGGCACAUCAAUGUCAUGCCCACAUGUGAGCGGUGUAGCAGCAUUACUCAAGGCUAAGCACCCUGAGUGGAGUCCAGCUGCUAUUAAAUCUGCAUUGAUGACAACAGCAUAUGUUCAUGAUAACACCAAGAAAACUCUCAGAGAUGCCUCAACUGCUAAACCUUCAAGUGCUUACGAUCACGGUGCUGGACACAUUGACCCUGUUAAAGCUCUGGACCCAGGUUUAGUCUAUGAGAUUGAGCCACAAGAUUACUUUGAAUUCUUAUGCACACAGAAGCUGACUCCAACACAAUUAGGAGUUUUUGCCAAAUAUUCAAACAGAACUUGUAGGCACUCUCUUGCCACUCCAGGGGACUUGAACUACCCAGCUAUAUCACUUUUGUUUAAUAAGAGAAGUCCCAAUUCACUUUUCAGUCCUGUGAUUGUUCACAGAACUGUCACCAAUGUUGGCCCUGCUGUUUCCAAAUACCUUGUUACUGUCUCAACAUUCAAAGGAGCUUCUGUCAAAGUUGAGCCAGAAACCUUGAAUUUCACCACAAAACACCAGAAGCUAUCUUACAAGAUUACCUUCACACCAAAGACAAGGCAAAAAUCACCUGAAUUUGGAGGUCUGGUUUGGAAGGAUGGCGUGCACAUUGUGAGAAGCCCAAUUGUGAUAACAUGGUUGCCACCACCAAUAUGA